UUAGGGCUUUUCUGGCCCCCCAUCCGAAAAAUAAAAUAGAAAUUGCGUGAGGAAUUUCUUCUCUCACACACACAGAGGCACGCACUACUGAGUGAGAGGGAAUUUGAGUGUGAAAUUGAAAAAAAAAUUCCGGCAAGUUCGGAAGCUAGCCGGCCAUCAGAUCGAUUUGGGGGCUAUCUUAUUUCGCGCCAAAAAAAAUCCCAAUUUUCUCGCUUCUUUCAGCAAAUGGAUUUGAUGUGAUUUUUUUGUUUUUGCAGAGGUAUAUAUGUAUGCCCAAAACGUGGGACAUGUGUCGGGGGAAUUGAUUUUGAAUUUCGGGAUCGGAAUAUUGGUGACUGUGGUGUUUUGACUCUGCCACCAGCUUCAAUUGUCGGAAGGGUUUCGACGGGGAUUUUAUUAAUUUUGUGAUUUUCCGGGUUUUGCUUUUUUUUUUUCUGGGGGGGAAGAUCUAUGGUGUUUUUUUCUGAAAUUUCGAACUAGGUGGACCUGUUGAGGGUUUUUCAAGGUUGAAUUGAAACGACGGCGUUGUAAUUUGUUUACUGGCUUCGAUCGUGAUGGUGUUGGUUUUUCAAGAUUGAAUUUUUUUUUUGGGCACGUGAUCUGCUGCUUUGGAAGGACGGCAUUUGAUUGAUUAACCAGUUUUCAACUGUUGGGAGAGUUUGAACGGGAUUCUGUCUAAUUUGAUUCUUCUGAGGGGUGUAUGAGUGUUUGCUAAAAAGGCGUGGUUGGUGAUUUUUUUCUGGGUGUUCUGUUUCAAUUUCUUGCAUGCAGUCCGGGGGUGGGCCCCAACAAGGUGGAGGAGGAGGAGGCGGUGGACAUGGCCGGAGUACGGCGGCAUCUGCUUCUGCCUCACCGUCCUCCUCUUCCUCUGCAGUGUCCGCUUUCGAACAGCAGCAACAACAGCAGCAGCAGCAGCAACGACAGCAGCAGCAGCAAAGACAGCAGCUGCAGCAACAGCAACAACAACAGCAACAGCAACAACCCGAAGGGAAUGACGCCCUUUUGGCCUACCAGGCUGGCAAUGUUCAUGGAGUCCUUGGAGGAACCAAUUUUGCAGCAUCUGGCUCCAUGCAGCUACCUCAACAGCCGAGGCAGUUCAUCGAUUUGGGCCAACAACAAGGUUCUCCCAGCAUUCCAGAGCAGCAAAAUCACAAUAGGAGUCAAGGUGACCAACAAGCAUUGAAUCCUAUGCAGCAAGCUUACCUGCAAUAUGCAUUCCAGGCUGCCCAACACAACAAAUCAACGAUGGGGAUGCAAUCUCAGCAGCAGCAGAUGAUGAAACCAGGAAUGUUUGGAGCUCUUGGAAAAGAUCAAGAAAUGCGGUUGGCAAAUCUGAAGAUGCAAGAGAUGAUUUCCGCUCAAGCAGCGAAUCAGUCUCAGUCAUCCUCCUCCAAGAAAUCGUCCGAUCAGGCUGUUCAGAGUGAGAAGCGUCCUGUGCUCGAACACAGAACUGACCCUAAACUGAAUCAUCCCACAAUACUUGGUCAAGCUGUACCAUCUGGAGCAAUCCUGGGCCCACAAUCGCAGCAAAAUAUCGCGAGCAUGACUAACAGCCCAAUUUCUGUGGCUGCACAGAUGCAGGCAAUGCAGGCUUUGGCACUUGAGCGUAAUAUUGACUUGUCACAUCCUGCAAAUGCACAUAUGAUAGCACAGAUUAAUUCCCUCAUGCAGUCCAGGAUGGUUGCUCAGCAAAAGACAAAUGAAAAUAGUUCUGGUAAACAGUCUGUGGGAAUUUCCACACAGCAUGUUACCUCGCCACAAGUUGGAAAUGAAAGUUCUCCACAUGGUAACUCCUCAAGUGAUGUCUCGGGGCAAUCUGGUUCUUCUAAGGCUAGGCAGGCAGUUUCGCCUAGUACGCUUGGUGUAACUUCAGGUGCAGCCGUAAUUAGCAACAACCCAAGCAACAUGCCUAUGCAACAGUUCUCCAUGCAUGGUAGAGAUAACCAGCUGCCCCCUAGACAACCUACCUUAUUUGGCCAUGGAAUGCCACCUAUGCAUCCUUCGCAGUCAUCUGGGAAUUUAAACCAAGGAGUUGAUACUUUACUUGCAAAACCUUCAGUCACUGUCCCAGAAGUUUCUCAGACGCAAAACACCAGACAACUUAAUCGUUCUCCUUCACAAUCUUCAACUCCAUCUAAUGACAGGGAUAUUGGUAAUCCGUCAACAUCUCAGGGUGGACAGAUUCCCCAGCCGCGACAAUCUCAUGCUGGUUUUAGCAAGCAGCAGCUACAUGUACUUAAAGCACAGAUACUUGCAUUUAGGCGCCUGAAGAAAGGAGACGGGACUCUGCCUCGUGAAUUACUCCAGGCUAUUGUUCCUCCACCACUUGAUUUACAGACCCAACAGAUACUUCCACCUACUGUAAGUGCUGGCAAGGAUGGAUCAGCUGGAGAUAAUGUAGAUGAGCGUACAAAACAUAUGGAGUCAAGUGAGAAGGGACCUGGUGCUGUAAAAUCAGUGAACAGAGUAAGUAAUUUAAAGGAGGAAGGCUCAGGAGAUGAUAAGCCAGCUGCCUUAACAGUUACCGCGCAAAGUUCCACAACUGCAGCUAAAGAGCCAGUUUUUGUGGUUCCUCCAGGGAAAGAAGAGCAGCAAUGCAUAGGCAAAUCUGGUAAGUCUGACCAGGAAUCUGAACCAGACAAUCAGAAAGCUCCUAUCAGGAGCGAUGUUGCUGCAGAUAGGGGUAAAGGAAUUGCUACACAGUCGAGCAUUUCAGAUUCAAUGCAAGUAAAGAAACCGAUUCAAGCGAGUAAUACAACCCAACCUAGGGAUGCUGGUUCGACUAGAAAGUAUCAUGGGCCUUUAUUCGAUUUCCCUGUCUUCACCAGGAAACAUGAGACUCUUGGAUCUUCUAUGAUGAACAACCCUAGUAAUUUGACUUUGUCAUACAAUAUUAAAGAUCUUUUUGCUGAUGAAGGCGGAGAAGUCCGUAAAAGGAAAAGGGCAGAGAAAAUAGAGAAGAUUGAUAAAAUACUUGCUGUAAACUUGGAGAGGAAGAGAAUUAGACCAGAUCUUGUGACACGGCUACAAAUUGAAUCCAGAAAACUCCAGCUCGUGGAGUGUCAGGCACGGUUGAGGGAUGAGAUUGAGCAACAACAACAAGAAAUUAUGGCUAUGCCUGAUAGGCCGUAUCGAAAAUUUGUUCGACUGUGUGAGCGUCAACGCCAGGAGCUUAACAGGCAAGCGCAGGCCACCCAGAAGGCAACUAGGGAGAAGCAACUGAAAUCCAUAUUUCAGUGGCGCAAGAAGCUUCUUGAGGCACACUGGGGCAUACGUGAUGCUCGAACUGCCCGCAAUAGGGGAGUUCACAAGUACCAUGAAAGAAUGUUAAGGGAGUUCUCCAAGAGGAAGGAUGAUGGUGGCCGUAAUAAAAGGAUGGAGGCGUUGAAAAACAAUGACGUAGAAAGAUAUAGGGAGAUGUUGCUGGAGCAACAAACCAAUGUACCUGGGGAGGCUGCAGAAAGAUAUGCGGUUUUGUCUUCGUUUUUAACGCAAACCGAAGAGUAUCUUCAGAAACUGGGAAGUAAAAUAACAGCUACUAAAAAUCAGCAGGAGGUUGAGGAAGCAGCUAAUGCUGCAGCUGCAGCUGCACGUGCACAGGGUCUCUCUGAGGAAGAAGUGAGAGCUGCCGCUACUUGUGCUAGAGAAGAAGUGUCGAUAAGAAAUCGGUUUUCUGAGAUGAAUGCACCAAGAGAUAGUUCAUCAGUUAACAAGUAUUACAAUCUUGCACAUGCCGUGAAUGAAAGGGUCAUUAGGCAGCCGUCAACAUUACGAGCUGGAACACUCCGAGACUAUCAGCUUGUUGGUUUGCAGUGGAUGUUAUCUUUAUAUAACAAUAAACUGAAUGGAAUCUUGGCUGACGAGAUGGGUCUUGGGAAGACUGUGCAGGUCAUGGCCUUGAUUGCUUAUUUAAUGGAGUUCAAAGGAAAUUACGGACCACAUCUUAUUAUUGUUCCUAAUGCUGUUCUGGUGAACUGGAAGAGUGAAUUGCAUACUUGGCUUCCAAGUGUUUCCUGCAUAUACUACGUUGGCACGAAAGACCAAAGGUCGAAAUUGUUUUCUCAAGAAGUGCUAGCCAUGAAGUUUAAUGUCCUUGUGACAACUUAUGAGUUCAUUAUGUAUGACCGCUCAAAACUUUCAAAAAUUGAUUGGAAAUAUAUUAUAAUUGAUGAAGCACAACGGAUGAAGGACAGAGAGUCGGUGUUAGCUCGUGAUCUUGAUAGAUAUCGCUGCCAAAGGCGCUUGCUUCUCACAGGGACACCAUUGCAGAAUGAUCUUAAAGAACUUUGGUCUCUUUUGAACCUACUUCUCCCAGAAGUCUUUGAUAAUAAGAAAGCGUUUAAUGAUUGGUUCUCUCAACCUUUUCAAAAAGAAGGCCCCGCACAUGAAGAUGACUGGCUUGAGACUGAGAAGAAGGUGAUAAUUAUCCACAGGCUUCAUCAAAUUUUAGAGCCUUUCAUGCUCAGACGUCGAGUUGAAGAUGUGGAAGGAUCACUUCCGCCAAAGGUUUCAAUUGUUAUGAAAUGCAGAAUGUCUGCAAUACAAGGUGCCAUUUAUGAUUGGAUUAAAUCCACUGGUACUCUUAGGGUUGAUCCUGAAGACGAAGAGCGGAAGGCUCAAAAGAAUCCAAAUUAUCAGGCUAAAAUUUAUAAAACUUUAAACAAUAGAUGUAUGGAACUCAGAAAAGCUUGCAAUCAUCCACUGCUCAACUACCCAUAUUUCAGCGAUUUUUCAAAGGACUUCCUUGUGAGAUCAUGCGGAAAAUUGUGGAUUCUUGAUAGGAUUUUGAUUAAGCUCCAGAGGACUGGGCAUAGAGUACUGCUCUUUAGUACCAUGACCAAACUUCUCGACAUAAUGGAAGAAUAUUUGCAGUGGCGAAGGCUUAUAUUUAGAAGAAUUGACGGGAUGACUAGUUUGGAAGACCGUGAAAGUGCUAUUGUGGAAUUUAACCGGCCCGACACUGAUUGUUUUAUUUUCUUGCUCAGCAUUCGUGCAGCUGGACGGGGUCUGAAUCUUCAGUCUGCUGACACAGUCAUCAUAUAUGAUCCUGAUCCGAAUCCAAAAAACGAGGAACAAGCUGUUGCUCGAGCCCACCGUAUAGGGCAGACUAGGGAGGUGAAAGUCAUUUAUAUGGAAGCUGUGGUUGGCAAAAUAUCUAGUCAUCAGAAAGAAGAUGAGUUCAGUACUGGAGGAAUAGUAGACUCAGACGACGACCUUGCUGGCAAGGAUCGGUAUAUAGGUUCGAUCGAGAGCUUGAUUCGGAAUAAUAUCCAACAGUAUAAGAUUGAAAUGGCUGAUGAGGUUAUAAACGCUGGGCGAUUUGACCAGAGGACUACGCAUGAAGAGAGGCGGUUGACUUUAGAGACCCUGUUGCAUGAUGAAGAAAGAUACCAAGAAACAGUUCAUGAUGUUCCUUCUCUGCAUGAGGUGAACCGAAUGAUUGCUAGGAGUGAGGCAGAAGUGGAGAUAUUCGAUCAAAUGGAUGAAGAAUUUGACUGGGCAGAGGACAUGACUCGGUAUGAUGAGGUUCCUGAUUGGAUUCGUGCUAGUACAAAGGAAGUGAAUGCUACUGUUGCUAAUUUAUCAAAGUCAAAGAAGCAAUCGCGAAAUGCUGUUUACGGUGGAAAUAUUGUGCCGGAUUCAACUGAAGUGGCUUCCGAGACUGAGAGGAGGAGGGGGCGACCUAAACGAAAUAUUCCUGUUUAUACGGAAUUGGAUGAGGAAAAUGGAGAAUUUUCUGAAGCUAGUUCUGAUAAUAGGAACGAAUACUCUGUUCAAGAGGAAGAAGGAGAAAUCAGGGAGUUUGAAGAUGAUGAAGAUACCGAGGCACCACCACCGCAGAUUAAUAAAGAUCAACUGGAAGAGGAUAUUCCUGCAUCAGCUGAUGGAUAUGAAUACCAAAGAAAUUUGGAUAAUGUCAGACACAAUAAUAUACUCGAAGAAGCAGGGUCGUCUGGAUCCUCUUCACACAGUCGAAAAUUAAUGCAGGUGGUUUCACCUUCUGUUUCUUCUCAGAAGUUUGGGUCGCUUUCUGCUCUAGAUAGUAGGUCCAACUCCCGUUCGAAGAAAUUGGCGGACGAUUUAGAGGAAGGAGAAAUUGCGGCCUCUGGAGAUUCUCCGAUUGACCAACAGCAAUCGGGUAGCUGGAACCAAGAUCGUGACGAAGGUGAAGACGAGCAAGUGUUGCAGCCUAAGAUAAAAAGGAAACGGAGUAUUCGGCUUCGCCCACAGCAUACUACUACUGAGAGGUCGGAAGAAAAGCGCAGUGACAAGUCGUUAUCUCUUCGACGUGGUGAACCUUCUUCUCAGUUGCCUUUCCAGGUGGACCAGAAAUUGAAGUCACAAGCGAGGGAUGAUCGUCUGCAUAAAGUUAUUGGAGAUACUAGUUCGUUGAAAUCUGAGAAACAUGAUUCGUCCAUGAAAAACAAGCGUAAUUUACCGGCGAGGAAAAAUACAGCUAAUGUGCAGGGUACUCUUAAACCUGGGAGAUCGAAUUACGGGUCAGCUCUUUCAGACGAUGGUGCUGAAAUUCGAGAAAAUAUGGACAGUAAAGUCAUGAAAGGACUUAAAAGUAGUGGAACUAAGAUGCCUGAAGUCAUCCAGAGAAAGUGUAAAACUGUCAUAAGUAAGCUCCAGAGAAGAAUAGACAACGAAGGUCAUCAAAUCAUUCCACAGCUAACUGAACUCUGGAAAAGAAUUGCACACUCCAGUGGGGCAGCGGAUAAUAACCUUUUGGAUUUAAGAAAGAUUCAUCUCCGUGUUGACAAAUCCGAGUACAGUGGGGUUAUGGAGCUCGUUUCUGAUGUGCAGCUUAUGUUGAAAUGUGGCUUGCAGUAUUAUGGCUUCACAUAUGAGGUGAGAUCAGAGGCAAGGAAAGUCCAUGAUCUCUUCUUCGAUAUCUUGAACGUAGCAUUCUCAGACAUUGAUUUUCGAGAAGCAAGAAACUCCAUGUCUUUUGCUGGUCCAACCGCUACCACACCAGCCACCGGUUCGUCUUCAAGACCGACACCUGUCAAUCAGGGCAAGCGCCAAAAACCAGCAAUUGAUUCUGAAAUCGGAACUUUCCAGAAGCCACAAACCCGGAUGCCCAUACAUACCAACAUUGAAGCAAGUAAGGUCAAAAGCUAUGCCCCUCAAAAAGACGGUGCAAAUAACCCUUUCACUCAUCCAGGUGAUCUUGUUAUCUGCAAAAAGAAGAGAAAAGAUAGGGAGAAAUCUGCUGCUAAUAAGGGUGGAAGUGGAUCUUCUUCGGGCCCUCUUUCACCUACUGGGCUCGGCCGUGGUAUAAAAAGCCCGUUUCCUAUUUCCGGGUCGAAGGAUAUAGGGUCGGGUCAACAAAACUCCACGCAGCACGGGUGGGCGGGUACCGUUUCUCCGCCUCCUCCUCAGCAAGGGAACAACAGUGGAGCGUCCGUUGGAUGGGCGAACCCUGUUAAGAGGAUGAGAACCGAUGCUGGAAGAAGGCGCCCUAGCCAUUUAUGACUUUUUUUCGUUGGAGAAUUUGAAUUAUUAUUGUAUAAUUUUCAAGAAUUGCUGUGAAUCAUUAUAAUGUGUUGAACAAAAAGCAAAAGGGUGGUUGAAUGAAAAUCAAGAAAAUGUACUCCUUUGUAAUUGAGAGAAUGUACUGAAUUCUGGUU